AUGGGAAAAGGUAAAAACAAGACAUCGGAAGAUAAAUCCAAUAAAAGCCGGACCUCAAAUGGUCAUAAAUCGAAACAACAUCACAUACGAAGAGGCAAACAAGAAACAGGGGCAUCUUCAUCUUCAUCAUUUAUUAAUCCAAUUGAUGGAUCAAAUACAACUACCACUACAACCAUAAAAAAGUUUCCAACAAAAUUAGCAAUGUGGGAUUUUGAUCAUUGUGAUCCUAAACGAUGUAGUGGUAAAAAAUUAGAAAGAUUAGGUUUAAUUAAAAAUUUAAGAAUUGGUCAAAAAUUUCAAGGUAUAAUUAUAAGUCCAAAUGGUAAAACUACUGUAUGUCCAAAUGAUCUUGAAUUAGUUGAAGCUCAAGGAGCAGCAGUUGUUGAAUGUUCUUGGGCUAGAUUAGAUGAAAUUCCAUUUCAAAAAUUAGGAGGUUCAACAAAAAAUGAAAGAUUAUUACCUUAUUUAGUUGCAGCUAAUCCUGUAAAUUAUGGUAGACCUUGGAAAUUAAAUUGUGUUGAAGCAUUAGCUGCAUGUUUUGCAAUUGUUGGACAUUUAGAUUGGGCGGAAUUAUUAUUAGAAAAUUUUUCAUGGGGUUUAACUUUUUUAAAAAUUAAUAAAGAAUUAAUUGAAAUUUAUCAAAAUUGUGAUGAUUCUGAAUCUAUUUUAAAAGCUCAAGAUGAUUGGUUGAAGAAAAUUCAAAUUGAAGCUAAAGAGAGGAAAGAACAGGCACAUAAUGGAGAUAUUUGGAUGAUGGGAAAUGUAAAUAGAAAAGAUAUUGAUGAUGAAGAUGAUGAGGAAGAGGAAGAAGAGGAAGAGGAAGAGGAAUAUAUUAAUGAAGAUGAUAGUGAUGUAGAAUACGAUAAUUUGGGUAAUCUAAUAUCGAAAAAGAAAUAUGAUAGUCUAGGGAAUGAAAUAAUAGAUGGUGAUACUGAGGACAGUGAAACGGAAGAUGAAGUAGAUGAAGUUGUUUUUGAUAAACUAGGAAACGUAGUUGAAAAAAACACAUUAAGCGAAAAGCUAAAGACAGUUAGUAUUUGA